AUGAUAUUGUCCCUUGCCUCUCGAGGAGCAUGUCGUCCUUAUUCUUUGAGGAGCACCAAGAGCCUGGUGAGAGAGCUGGGCAGGAAGGGUGAGCUGGUGCCUGUGGAAAGCCUCAGCAGCUCACAGCGCCUGCGCCCCUUCUGCCUGGUGAGGAAGAAGCACAAGAGCUACCUCUGGCCUUGGGACACACCCCUCAUCCCCACAGACUUCUCCCUCCUGGAUGUGCUGGAGCCUGGCUGUCCUGACCCAGAGGUGAACCACAGCAGGCCCAUCUACACCUGGGAGAAGGAGGCAGGAGGAUUGACAGGGGCUCUGAGCCUGAGCACUGGGCUGCAGGGCCAGGUGACCGGAAGUGGCAAGACCACCCGCCUCUCUGCCUUGGCUGUGCAGACACUCUGGGUCUCCCCUUGCACCUGGGAGAUGCUGCUAGAGAAGAGGAAACUGAGGUCGCCUAGGCCCUCCUUCCUCCAGGAGCUACAAAGCCGGAAGGAGAGGGAGAGUCUAUACGUGGUAACGGAGGCUGUGGAGACCCUGCAAGAUGCCAUGCUUCAGAGCCACAGCCACAUGCUAGGAGCUGGGCAGCUGUCCCUCCUACAGCUGGGCCAUGGUCAGGUACAGGGGCAGAGUCAUGUGGACACAGAGAAAAUGGUGAGCAUUCCACAGGGCAGCUUACUUGCCUACAGGGUUCUGCAGUUGGUGGUGGAAGAAGACGGCUGGGCUGUCCUUUACUUCCCUGAAAGAAAGCUCUGCAGGAACGCAGGGGUGGGUAUAGCCUUCAGCCAGGAAUCAGGAGAGGAGUCUAACUUCCACAACUUGCGAGACCAAGUAGAUAGCCAGUUGCAGGACCUGGUCACACUGUCCUCAGAGCAACGGGACACAUUGCUGGGUGCCCUCCAGGGGCUACUACAAGAACACCAAGCACUCCAGGAGCUGGAGGACACGCUGGAACAGGCUCUGGAUACAGGGCUGCUGGUACAGCUGGAGGGCCCUGGAGGCUGUGUUUUAAGCAUCCUCAAAGACUCUACAGGCAACUUGUCAUGCUCAAGAAGUAUGGCUGUCUUCUUCAUUCUUGGAGCCCUAGCAGCACUGAGUGAACCCCAGCGUUGCCUGUUGGCCCAGUCCAUAGAGAGACAAAUCCUAUGUGAGGAACUGGAGCUGGUGGCAAGCAUCUUGGAGCAGAACUGUAAUCAGGCGGAGGAAAUAACCUCUCCUCUCCCGACAGGAGUACUCUGUGCUCUGAAGAGUGAGGACGUGGUCCUCAUCCUAAGCCUGGUGCAGGGCUGUGGGCUGGAGCUGGAGCAGUCUGGCUGCCAGCUCACCUGGGACCCUACAGCAGUGCCUCAGCUUUCUGCACUCUAUGGGUGCCUCACAGGGCUGCAGCUACUAGCUGACCCACGUCCUGGGCUUUCUAGGACAGUGUCUGAAGAGGAAACACUGAUUUGUCCCUAA